GCCCCGGGGCGGGCUGGGCGCGGCGGGGCCCCGGCGCUGCGGGAGCGGCGGCCGCGCAACAGGUUAUCGGAGCGGAGCGGGAUCGGAGCCCAUCGGUGCCCAUGGCCGGCCGCGGCCCCGCCGCCGAGCAGGGCUACAUCCGCACCGUGCUGGGCCAGCAGAUCCUGGGGGAGCUGGACAGCUCCAGCCUGGCGCUGCCCUCCGAGGACCGGCUCAAGCUGUCGGGCGACCGCGCCGGGGAGGAGAAGGCGCUGCGGAUCCACCGGCAGGUCCAGCAGACGCUGGCCAGGAAGAGCCGGGGCUCGCUGUACAAUGGCAGCUUGCACCGUGCAUCCAGUGUUCCAGAGCGUGUCUAUAACAUGGGGAUUGCUGAAAAUGAUUUUGCACCAAGAACUCCCUAUGGUUUCUCAUAUUACCAGUCAAGCCAGGUUGCCUCACCGUCCUCUUAUACAAACGGCUGGGGGACGAGGAUUGCUUACAGGACGAUGGAAGAGGGAGCUCAAAGGCAACCUCUGAAGAGACUGGAGGUUUCACCCCAACGAAAUCCAGAAAGACUGGCAUAUGUGUCCAAUGAUUUUCACUAUGACGGAGGGAUUUCACCUGGAUUCUCUAUGAGGCACGGAGAUAUCGGGAGAUCAAGUGGGACUGUCCCCCCGAGAUACGCUCGGUCUGAGAUUGUUGGUUACACUCUUCGUGAUUCGGUGAACAGGGGACGCUCUUUUAAGAGACACUCCCGCAUGGGGGCUGUCAAUGAUGUUGCUCUGGAUGGUGUCUACCCCAGCCCCACUGUACCUCUGUACCACCAAGCAGGCAACAGUCGCAGUAUGACCAACCUUUUGGAGAAAGAAAACUACCUGACCUCGGGCAGCGCCAUGGGACAAGUGAGAUCACCAACUGCUGCCCGUCUGGGGUCUCAGAACAGGCAAUCUGUAAGGUCCAGCUUCUACCAAACCACCUUCAGAAACGCACAGACCAGGAGGGAAGUUUCCCAGCCAGCUUCAAUAGCCAGUGUCACUGCAGAAACAGAUGGGAAGAGGAUGCCAUUGACAGCUGCUGUGGCUGCAGCUGGGAGAAAUGGUUUCCUGCAGAGUGAACAAGUCACCAUGAAUGGAUCUCAGCUAGGGAGCCCAGAAGUGGAGAUGACACUGGAGCGUGCAGUGAACAUACUGAAGAGUGAAAAUACACAGUCCACACCUAGGAUUCUUGCUGCAGUGACUUUCAUACAGCAUGAGUGCUUCCAGAAAGCAGAUGCCAGAAGAAAAGUUUUUUCACUUGGUGGUAUCCCCAAACUUUUACAGCUUCUUGAGGUUCAGAAUGAGGACAUUCAGCGGGCAGCAUGUGGUGCUCUGAGAAACUUGGUGUUUGAGGACAAUGACAACAAACUGGAAGUGUCAGAGCAGAAAGGGAUCCCACUCUUGCUCCGCCUACUCCGACACACCAGGGAUGUAGAGACUAAGAAGCAAAUCACAGGUUUGUUGUGGAAUUUGUCCUCUAAUGACCAGCUGAAGCACCUGUUGAUUAGAGAAGCCCUGCAGACGCUGACUGAAGCUGUCCUCAUCCCUUACUCAGGCUGGCCAGAUCGAGAUUACCCGAAGUCAAGUGUUUUACCUGACCCUGAUAUCUUCUACAAUGCCACAGGAUGCCUGAGAAACAUGAGCUCUGCCGGCCCAGAAGGAAGGAAAAAGAUGAGAGAAUGUAAUGGCUUGAUUGAUUCUCUUGUGUAUUAUAUCCAAGGAGCUAUUGCAGACCAUGAGCCUAAUGACAAGGCCACAGAAAACUGUGUGUGCAUUCUUCACAAUCUUUCCUACCAGCUAGAGAUAGAGCUCCCUGAGAGCUAUGCCCAGAGCAUAUAUAUGCAAAGAAGAAAUAUUUCUAGCAAUGAUAAAACACCAGGCUGUUUUGGAACACGGAGCAGAAAAGUAAAAGAGAAGCACCAGGACACCCCUCUACCUGAGGAAAAGAGCAAUCCCAAAGGUGUUGAAUCGCUCUGGCAUUCUACACUGAUUAGGAUAUAUCUCUCCUUAAUAGCGAAGAGCACCAGAAACUACACCCAGGAAGCAUCCCUGGGAGCUCUUCAGAACCUCACAGCUGGCACCGGACCCAUGCCGUUUGCGGUGGCCCGGACUGUUGUUCAAAAGGCAAAUGGCCUUCCAAGCAUCCGAACUAUGCUGCAUGUAAGUCACCCUGCAGUAAAGAAGACAGCAGUGUCACUGCUCAGGAACUUGUCUCGCAACACCUCUCUGCAAAACGAUAUAGCUAGAGAAGUUUUGCCUGAUUUGGUCGCAGUACUUUCCGAGUCUGUCCCAGGGUCUGACAUUGCCUGUGAAACCACAGCGUCCAUCUGCUACACCUUGUACAAUCUGACGCAGAGCAGCUCGCAAAAUGCACGGCUUCUCCUGAGUGCUGAUGGGCUGCCAAAGAUUAUUGCCAUCAGCAUGAAUGACAGUAACAUGUUCAGCAAAGCUAGUAGGGCUGCUUCAGUCCUCCUCUACUCCCUGUGGUCACAUACUGAUCUCCACAACGCUUACAAAAAGGCUGACUUUAAGAAGGCGGAUUUCAUCAACACCCGGACCACAAAAGCCUAUAACUCGCUGAGAGAUUGAAUCAGAACAUACCACUGAAGACAAACGAGAUCAUACAUCAGUUAACAUAACUAUCUUCACAUGGUUGGUGUUGCCAUUGUGAACCAGGAAGUAUCUCAGAAAAAAAGAUAUUGUGAUUUUAUAUAAAGACUUGAGUGACCGGAGAGUAGCUUUUUGGAGUUUUUAGUCCUAAUCGCCUUGUUGUCACUGUAUAUAUCAAUAUAAGAAUAACCAAAGAUGGAUUCUUCAGGAUGUCUGAGGUGAAGUUUCAUCCAGGUUUACCACUAGUCAGAGCUCCAGAUGACUGCCUUUGAUCUAUGCAGAGAAGUUUGAAAUCCUGAUCGGCAGCAAAUUCUUUUCAGACUUUUUUAUACAAAUAGUUUUCUACAGUGGAUAAGCAUCAAGUGCACUGCUCAGGACUUAGUAGUCUUUCACCCUCUUAUUUUUCCCACAAGCUACAUAAGAAUCUCCAGACUCCAUGAGUAUGCACAAGAAGCUGUUUCGCUGCCUGCAUUAUAAGAGCACCAAUGAAGUUAAAAUUAUUAUUUU